GCCAUUGGCCGCUGUCUGCGCGCACGUCACGAUCAUGAUGAGAAUUAAUGAUCGGGGCCGCUGAUUUCAUUGUGUGACGCCGGGACCGACCCAGCCGAGCCCGGCCGAGCCCGGAGCCCCCCGCGCCGGCCCCGCGCUACACGUGCCAAUGUGUUGCCAACCAGCUGGACACCUGGCUUCCCAAAAGCUCACAUGCUUGUUUGCUAAGCUUGGCAAGUCAAGAUCAAAAUGAAAUUAUGAUAAAAAUCCAUGUGGAUUUCUAACUUGGAGUCUGAGGUUCAAGACAAAGAUGAAUCUGCGUUCUGUAUUCACUGUAGAACAACAAAGGAUAUUACAGCGUUACUAUGAAAAUGGAAUGACAAAUCAAAGUAAAAAUUGCUUUCAGCUCAUAUUACAGUGUGCACAAGAAACUAAACUGGAUUUCAGCGUGGUCAGGACGUGGGUCGGCAACAAGCGGCGGAAGAUGAGCAGCAAGAUCGCCGUGGAAUCUGGGGGGACCCCCCCAGGGACUGCCCCUGCCACUCCCUCCGUGCCCCCGGAAGCAGCAGUGAGAAAUGUGGUAAAUAUUGCUCGAUCCCAAAGCCAGCAGUCCUCUUGGACCUCUUCUAACAACGACGUGAUAGUGACUGGUAUCUACAGCCCUGCCAGCUCCUCGGGCCGCCCGGGAGCCGCCAAGCACACGAACGCCUCCGUGGCAGAGCUGCACAAAACCUCCAUCCCGCGGCUCCCGGGCAAGAGCGACGCAGACUUCCAGCAGCAGCACAUCCCUCUGGGACGGCAGGUACCCCACUGUAAAAACGCUUCCCUCUUGGUGGGGGAAAAGACCAUUAUUCUAUCCAGGCAAACGAGCGUGCUCAAUUCUGCAAACUCCAUCUACAGUCACACGAAGAAAAGCUACGGCAGCUCCUCGGUGCAGACGGCGGAGCUGGUGUUACCUCAGAAACCCAUGAUUUGCCACAGGCCCUGCAGGGCCGAGCCCUUGGCGUGCCAGCGCUUGCACAAAGCCGAGCCCGCGGCCCUGGCGUCGCACGCGCCCCCCGGGCCGAGGGCUCACCCCAGGGACCCCGCGUGCGGCACCCAGAACCUGGAGAUCCGCGAGGUGUUCUCGCUGGCCGUCACGGACCAGCCGCAGCGCCUGGUGGCGGGGAGCGCGGCGCAGAAACCCCCCUCGCUGGAGGGCAGCUGCCUGUCCAUCGCCAUGGAGACGGGCGACGUGGAUGACGAGUACGCCCGCGAGGAGGAGCUGGCCUCCAUGGGGGCGCAGAUCCAGAGCUACUCCAGAUACUGUGAGGGCAGCGGCUCCGGCCGCGGGGACAACCAAAGCGCGGCCGGGCCGGGCCGCAGCGGGGGCUGUGGGGCACAGCUGGGCAGUGCCAGGGAUGGGCCUGACAAUCUCCUGUACCACAGCAGAGAGUUCCACCUGCCUGCACGGACCUCAUUGCACACAACGUCCAGCACGAUUUAUAACCCUGCCAACGCAGCCAGAAGUACCUUUUCUCCUCAUUUUACAUCUUCAAGUCAACUGAGGCUGUCACAAAACCAAAAUAAUUACCAGAUUUCAGGAAACCUUACUGUGCCUUGGAUUACAGGUUGUUCCAGAAAAAGAGCAUUACAGGACCGCACACAAUUUAGUGACCGAGACUUAGCUACCCUAAAGAAAUACUGGGACAAUGGCAUGACCAGCCUGGGCUCAGUCUGCAGAGAGAAAAUUGAAGCUGUGGCUGCAGAAUUAAAUGUUGACUGUGAAAUAGUUCGGACUUGGAUUGGGAAUCGAAGACGGAAAUAUCGUUUAAUGGGGAUUGAGGUCCCACCCCCUAGAGGAGGUCCUGCUGAUUUCUCUGAUCAAUCUGAAUUUGUUUCUAAAUCAGCACUUAAUCCAGGAGAGGAAACUGCUACUGAAGUGGGGGAUGAUAAUGAUAGGAAUGAUGAAGUAUCAAUCUGCUUAUCUGAAGGAAGCUCACAAGAAGAGACAAAUGAAGCUCUUCAAAAUGAAGAAAUUGGCCAUAAAGAUGAUGACCAGAAUCCAGUUUCCGCUGAUAAUGUGAAAAUAGAAAUUUUAGAUGAUGAGGAGAGUGAUCUGAUCAGCAAUUCUGAAGUGGAUCAGAUGAGUUCUCUUUUGGAUUACAAGAAUGAAGAAGUCAGGUUCAUCGAGAGUCAGCUGGAGAGCCACAAACAGAAAUAUUUUGAGCUGCAGACGUUUACCCGGAGUUUGAUACUUGCAAUUAAAUCAGAUGAUAAGGAACAGCAGCAGGCUCUGCUUUCAGACUUACCUCCUGAACUUGAAGAGAUGGAUUUCAACCACACCUCCCCGGAGCCCGACGAUACCUCAUUCAGCCUCUCGUCGCUGUCGGAGAAGAACGCCUCGGACAGCUUGUGAUGCCUCUGUGCUGCAGGACACAGCAGAAAGCCCAGGGAGGUGCAGGAGAGAGAGAGAGACAGAGAGAGGGGCUUCUGCUCUGCAGUGUUCCCAGCCUGUGCUGGAGGGCAGCUCUGGCUCCUCACAGCCUUGCACUGCCCGGGAAUUGGCAAUGCUGGGGUUGGAAAAUCAAAGAGCUGGGUGAGGGAAGGGUUCACUGGUAGCAGCUUGGCCUCGGGUAGGAUUAACUCUGACUCUCCAGAGCAGCUCUGGCUCUGUAGCAAAGUCUUUUUGAGCAGGGAUGCAAGAGUGGGAAACACACACGGUGAGUUCUCCAGCUCCACGUGCUCCCCAGGCCUGUUUAUUAUAUUUUUCCCCAUUUUUACUCAGGUAGGUGGACUAAAAAUUGGGGAUCCAAAUAGAAUAACAGGCUUUCUCUGAGUUGUGCUUGAAAACCUGAAAUUAAAUUGAAGUGUUUUUAGUUUUCUGA